AUGCAACGUCCAGAGGAUUCGGAAGCCGCAGCACCAGAUUGCACUUUCGCCGCUGCGUCAUCACUUCCUGCGCCUGAGGCGAAGGAGGUCGUUGCCGUGGGAGAAUCCUUCCCUUUGCCUUCUACUGUUGACCAUAGUGGUGCCUCCACAUCACAGAAUGAAGAGGAGUUUAAGCAAGUUGAUACUGAGGUACCUGCCACCACCGCUCAUGCAGGCGAGGAACACCAUUCUCGCGUUGACGAGCACUCUUCUAGUGCUGAGGAGGAUGUAGACCCUACGCUGACAGACCAGAGUCUGCAGGGACAUCAACUCCAGCAAGAAGGAGCAGAAGAGGAUGGUGAAGAAGAAGAGGGUGCAGAAGAAGAAGAAGAAGAAGAGGAAGAGGGUGAAGAGGAAGAGUGUGAAGAGGAUGGAGAAGAGGAAGAGUGUGAAGAAGAGGAAGAGGAAGAAGAGGAUGGAGAAGAGGAAGAGGAAGAAGAUGCAGAGGAAGAAGAAGAAGAGGGUGGGGAUGACUAUGGAUUUGAGCCUCCUGUUGGGGGUAAUAAGGGUUCUACUUCAACAAGGGAUGUUUUUACUAUUCAAGGUAAGAAGUACACAUCAUCAGCCAUUAUACAUAACGCUGGUUUCAUUGCGGCACAGAAGAAAUUGCGCGGAAAUCCCAAAGCAACGUUCACCAUGUGCCCGUUAUUAAGGGCACAUAAUAUCAUGAAGUGUCGUCAAUUGCAUUUGACUAACCGUGCAGUGUUGAUUGGGGAGUGCUAUGUGCGUGUCAACAUGUUGGUGGACAACCCAGCGAGGCAGAAACUUCUCACUAGUCCUGCAGCAAUGGGUCAGACCGAGUUUUGUAGUGUUGAAAGCCCUACACAUGACGCUUCUACAUGCUCUGCAUUCCAUCUACUUCCAGGCAUUGUCUUUGUUGGUAGACCUGAACUAAGGGUGGGUUACUUCGAAGGAGAGCUUCAUGAGAAUGUUGCGUUACGACGACUAAAGGGAGGAGUAGAAACUUGUGGUCGCUGGUGCAAGAAUCGCCGUUCUCACGUUGUGGUGACAUGUAGCUUUGUUCACUAUAACCGAGGAAGUGCAUACACGGAGGUGCCACGAGAACCCUCAAAGCCACUUGCCUUAAUACCAAACAUGCGACCACGAGGACCACAUAUUGUUUCUGGUGGAGGUGACCGCAGAAACAAUAAACCGCAUAGCCGUGGUAGAGGCGGUGGUGGACGUGGUGGAGGUAGAAGAGGAGGGGGUGGUAGAUUUAAUAAAGGUCGCGGUACACAGAACAGAAAUUUUAGUACUGGAGGUGUUGCUGGUGGAAGUAGUCAGAAAUAUAGUUCAACUGCGCCGGUUUCUGAGUAUAUGGGUAAUGACAGUUCCACACCAUUUAUGGAACCCAACAUCCCUAUUUCAGAAGAGAAGGUUCAUGAACAAAAGGAGCGAUUCUUGAACAUUAUGCUUCUCCUAUUGGCUAUUAUUGUGGGAACACUCGCAUACUUGUUGAAUGCAUAA